GAGCUUUUUUAAUGUCUUUGUUUUUUAUUUUUUACUGUUCAUUCAAUCAACAUGACCAGUGCUGAGAAUCUAGAGAUACUUGAACAUGAUAUACUUCAAAAAACAGUUUACAACAGUUUUAUUGACAGUCAACUAAUUACUGAAAAAAGUGCCAAAUUAGACAAAAAAGAUUAUGCGAUUAUGGCCACAUUUGCCUAUGUGAAUAUGAUUAUUGGAACUGCGUUUUCAUCUUUAGCUCCUUUCUUCCCUAAAGAGGCUGAAUCAAAAGGACUAACGCCAUCCGUUUAUGGAUUUUUAAUAUCAAUUCAAGAAAUUGUGACUUUUGUUUUAGCACCGAUUAUUGGAAUUUUGGUAAGUAAUGGAAAUACAACAAUUGAAUAUUUAUUUACACUUUAAUAGCUUCCAAAACUAGGAAUAAGGUUAAUCAUGUUGGUUGGAUCAGUUAUGGGUACCAUUGGAGUCACUUGCUUUGGGUAACUAGAAACUUGGUCCAUUUACCACAUGAGUUGAGUAUCAAUGACCACUUUAAUAUCUAGAGCGUUAGUCUGGGCUCCUUAUGGAACACCGUUUGCCGUUUCGUGUGGCUUGGUUCGACUUUUUGGGUCCAUUGGGAUGGCUAAUUUGUAUGUCUGUAUCUUUGCCGCUGUACCAAUCUUUUUUCCUGAUCACAUAUCUCAAGCAUUUGGACUUUUGGAGAUGUGUUUUUCAGUUGGAAUGAUUGUUGGACCUCUUGCUGGUGGCUUCUUGUAUGAGUUUGGAGGUUUUGGACCUCCUUUUUAUGUUAUCGGAGGAUUAUUGGCCUUGUCUUUCCCAUUGAUAUUAUUCAUUUGCCCUGAAAUGAAAGGUUCCAUCAAAACUGAGAACAAAGCUGGCAUUCUUCGCAUUCUGUCCGAUUUCAGGAUCACCGUCAAUUUAAUUGGCUCAUUCAUCUUCUGUUUGGUGGCUGGAUUCAUGCAAGUAUCUCUAGAGCCACACAUAAGAAGUUUUGCUGAUUUGCGAUCAUCAACUGUUGGUGCUAUUUUCCUGAUAUAUGGCCUUUUCUACGGAGUUUCAACUUGGCUUGUUGGUUUAAUUUUGCCCAAAAUUAAAGAUGCAACUAUUAUAAAUAUUAUUGGACUCGUCUUUGUUAUCAUUGCUUACCUUUUCAUUGGACCAAUGUACCCGAUUCCAAUCAAACCCUCUGUUACUUUGGUUGUUAUUUGCCAAAUGUUUUUUGGCACAGGUUUUGCCAUUGGUUAUGUAGCUACAUUCACUCAAGCAAUGAGGGAAAAAGAUUUAACCAGCCUUAAGGAUGAUCCUGAUGUCUCUGGAUUGAUGAGCAGUCUAUUUGUAUCUGUUUUUGCAUUAGGAGUUGCUCUUGGGCCUAUUAUCGGUGGUCGACUGGCUGAACACUUUACAUAUCAACAAUCAUGUAUUUUCAUUGUAGGAAUAUCAUCUGCAACACUUCUCUUGACUCUUAUUAGUACAAUUAUUUUUCACAAAAGACGAUAAAAUCAUCAGUUUAUCAUUUGUUUUCUUGGCUGUUACACACAAGCAGAAAAAUAUAUCAAAGCUAAUUAAAACUAAAUUAUAUUAUUGAAGAUGUGUUCAAUUUUGUUCGUCUUUGAUUGCCAUAAAUUUUUGGUUCUUUUUGUGAAAUCAAAUAUACCUUAUAAUGGUCAAGAAUUUGAUAUUUUCAUUUCUCAACUGUUUGAUCAUUUUAAGCAAAACCAAUCUACAAAUGCAUAUAUUGCAAUGGACAAUGUAAACUUACACAAAACCGAUUUACAUCAAACAAUUAUUUGAACGGAAAAACCAUGAACAAGUAUUUUUUCAUUAACCUGUGUUAAAUCCAAUUGAAAAUCUGUAUUCAUAUUAUUGGGAAAGGUCAACGAAAGAUCUGAACAUCAGAACAAACAAGAAAAUAUGAUGAAAUAUGGAACUUCCCUGUGGACUUUCUUUGGCAACCUCACCGUUAAUCGCCUUAAUAUCGGGUCAUCAUCAUCAAUGGCACACUGAUUGUCUCAGAUGCUCCGAGUGUGAAGAAUCUCUGAGCACUGAACGAUCCUGUUAUCUUAAAAAUCUUCGUCGAGCUGGAUCUCAUGUGUACCAUUUAGCUUGUUUUGCUUGUGAUUUGUGUCAACGCCAGAUGAGCACUGGUGAACAGUUCACAAUUGAUAAUGCAACAGAGGAUAUGAAAUUACUGUGUAAACUUCAUUUUGGUAUAACGACGACUAGUGAAGGUAAUAAAUGUGCCCGUUAACCAAUAUUUAUCAAGUGUUAAUUUUUGUGAAAAACAAUUUAAAAGAUUAAAUGCAAAAGUGACUUUUGAGUUAAGAGCAGGGACUUUGUGGGUUAGGAACAUCAAAACUGUGCGAACAUUUGCAAAAUUUUUGUGAUCAGUAGUUUUUGACCAAAUCAAGUUCAAAGUGGAAAUUUCGAACGACUCUUACACAGUUUUGGAGCCAGAUUUUUUCAUCAAACUCCUUUCUAUGGUAAAACUUUCAAUGAACAAUCAUAAAAUACACUUAUUUCGGGAAAUAAAAUUUUCUUUUUCUGUACUUUUUCUGAGCUUGGUUUCUCGAACUUUAAAUAUUGAUUUUUUGUUAAUGUUUAAAAUAGUUAAUCAAGCAAUUUUGAAUAUUUAAAAGUUGUAUUUUAAUCGACAAGAGCAUUAAAUUUUCGUUGAUUUGAGCUAAAGAAAAGGGGAAAAACAAUAAAAAAAGCUGAUGGUGAAAGAAGAUGAAAGCUUAAUAAACAUCACAUAUUGACAAUAAUAGCUGUAAUACCAGGAGCAAUACAAAAUGUAUUAUCACCAUGUUUCUGAUUAUAUCUGCUCAACUGAUUCCGUUUUAUUUGCUUCACUGAUUUAAUCUGGUUUAUAAACGUACAUAGUAGGAAAAUAAAUAAAUAAAAAGUGUGUAAGUAUAAUAAAAUAUUAACAUUAAACAUGAAUGUAAUCAAUGUAAAUUUGAAUGCAAACACAGGUUUAACAAUAUUUCAAACAACAGAGGGAGGGACUUUCGUUAGCAACACCGUCUAACUGGAUUAUUUUAUUAAAUUGGUUUACUUGAUUACUUAUAAUUUGUGAUUACAAUCUUUAUACACUUUUUAUCCUACGGUUAUCCUUCAACAUUCACUCCAUCAUUUACAAUAUCAUCAUCUUACUUUAAGCCAAUUAAGGUAUCAAAAUUUAUAAAUACACUUUCAUCUUCUCGUCUGACCUAACUUAUGUAUACAAGGAAAGGUUACUGGUAAAGUGUUAAUCCUCCAUAAUUGUAUUAACUUGCUGUUGCUUUUCAAAAGCCUGGACACCUUUUUGGACUAAAAUACCGACAAGCUUUAUUGAUAGUUUACCUCCAUGAGUAGCAGAUUUAUUGAUUAUUUCAUCGAAAAUGGUUCAAUCAAUGUGUUAUAAACAUAGAUGCGAAAGAAGAGGAUGGAAACAAAGCUAACCAAAUCUCCAAAAUAUUCACCUUUCUUCAACUCACUUUUUUGCCAAUGGAAUCAUUGCUUCUUUUCCUUUUCAUCAUCUUAUCAUAACAUGAUAACAUGAUGAUAAACCCUAUAUACUGAUGAUACAUACUUAAAAUUUGGAACCAUAUGAACCCUAUAAAACUGAGUUUCCAAGUGAAUCUUGCGUUUCAACCUUCCUUUGAAUUCACAGACUUUUUAUAAGUAACUUUGGGAAUGUUAACAUUUUUCUGGUAACUGUAAAGUCACCAUGCACCUGUUCAUCAUGAUCAUUAUAUCACUUGUUCAUUUUGUCACACGUUUACCAGACACUUGUAUCAUUGGAGUGGAUCAACAGAAGCAAACGAAAAAAACCAACAAAAUGUUGAAAAGGAAAAGCAAACUGACCUUGUACAGAGUCAUUUUUUACUGGCUGAUAGAGCAACUCUUUUUUUGCUUCAGUCAAAUCAGUGGAGCAGAUGAAAUAAUAUAUUAACUUGAUCAUCCCUCUGAACCCAAUUGUGUUCCAAUUCAUCAUAAUUUCCUAAUCAAAUAAAAGUGUCUAAAGAAACAACUCAACAAGAUGUACAACAUGAAUUAAACCUGGAAAUACGUUAGCCAAAUCAGGCAAAGGAAGGCCAAAGACUUACCUUAUCCAUCAACCAUUGAAGGUAAAUUAUAAUGGUGUUAAUAUAAUUUACGGAUAAUCAGACAAAUGAGCACUCAAUACUGAGACAAUAAUGCUGAUCAAUUGAGAUAUACUUCCGAUUACCAACAACCCAAGCAAACCAAUUUAAAUAACAAAAUUGGCAAGGAAAGGAAAAGCCCUGAAAAAAAAGAUAUCAAGGCGAUUGGAAAGGAACAAAAGAGUCGAGGUAAAAGAUGAAUCCAACAAUGAUGUCAAUGUUUCUAUUUCCUCAAAUAAGGUGAUGAAACUCUGGAGGAUAUAUCUAAAAUUGGACACUUAAAGGAACCAAAACGGACAGCUUAUACGUGAUUCUCUAAUAAUAAUGCAUGUUUUCCAAGCCUGGUGACCUUUGGGUAUAUUAAUUUUGUCCUGACAAGCAAAUCAACAAAAUGGUGACAAUUAUGUUUCAAGAGGUAGACCAAGAAAAGGACGAGGAAUACAAGGAAGAUGGUGAACACACAGGAAGUACGGUUUUAGUUGUUUUGUGUGUGUGUGUGUGUUUAAAUGUCAACCUCUCCAUUGGUGUUAAUACAAUUUUAAGAAAAAAGCAGUUUCUUAUGGUCACUUAAAUGUUGACCUUAUUUAAGGCGAAACCCUUAAAACCAGGCAACAAUGGUUUCUCUUCAAGUUUCAUCUUCAUCUUGUUCAUUCUUCAACCCUCUUCUCCUCCUUUAAUUUCAAAUGGUUUACUCUUUGUCAACAUGGUCAUCAUCAUCUUUUAUUUAAAUGUCAACCAUUGGUCAUUUACCUUUUCAUGUGUAUGAACAUUUAAUACACACAAAACCUGCAUCAUCAAUCAAAACUCAAUUGAAUACAAAUUUUACCUUUUAUUUUGCCAAGUCAGGAAGAAGGAAAAAAAAGGACGAAGAUGAAGAUGCAAGAGGAUCAUAGAAAGUAAAAAGAAAGUCAAUCUUUCCUUCUUCACCACUAAAUCCAAAUUCAUGGACAAAAACCCAUUGAAAAUUGUAUUAAUAAACCACCAUGUUAACUAUAAUUAUCAUCAAUUGUACAACAUUGAAAAUUGAUCCUUUACAUAACACUCAUAAUAGUUAAAUAAUGAGAAGUGAAAAGACGUUGAAAGUUGAACAAUUUUUACCAUUUACAAUCAAAUAAAGAAGCAAAAAUUAAAUACAAAA